AUGCCUGAACUUAACUCAGCAGAGUCUGUGACAAAGUUUCUAAGAUCGAAGAAUGGCUCGUAUAAAGAAAUCAUAGAAACAGCUAACAAGUUACUAGAUUCAGAGUUUGAUAUCUAUUUACCAAACAAAGAUAUAUUCAUACUUGAAUUAUUAUGUGAUAGACUUAAUGAUUUUAAUACACCAGCAUUCAAACAAUGGAAGUAUAACAAAGAGUCAUGGCAUUUAUUAAUAAAGAUCUGGAAUGAUCUUGGUGAAAAGGAACUGGAUAGAUCCAUCAGAAAUAGAAUCAUUCAUCGUUUAAGACUUAUAGAGAUCAUAAUAGCGACUCUUGAUACUGAUAUUGAUGAUACUUUCAUCGAUACCAUCAUUGAUUUCAUAAACAUCGUGAAGCGAGAUUAUUAUAUUGAUGCUGAAGAAUCACUUCUCAUUGAUUUCUUAUCCAAGUAUACUAUAAGAUUAUCAAAAUUACCAACCUAUAAACAAUCUCAAGCCUUAGCAUGGACUCAAUCCGUUAAAGAUGUUAUAAAUUCUCCAAAAUCAUCAUUGAAUUACGCUCCAACUAGAAAAUCAUACACUAAGUUUAUCCAUGACGCUAUACCGUCCAUAUUAAACUUCCUUGUUGUAUGUGAGUUUUCUGAAAUUAAAGAUGUCUAUGAAGAUAUUGUCAGGAAAUCAAUAUUCAACAGUACUUUUAAGACAGAUUUGGUUAAACAAAUAAAACCAAUAUUAUCUACUUUAUCAAAGGAAUCAGUUAUUGUAUUAUUCAAACUCCUGGUAGAAAAUACAUCAAAUAAGGAUUUUCAAUUAUGUGAAGACUUAUUUACAGCUAUAGUUGAAGUUCCACAUUUCAUCAAAUUAACAGUAGAGUUCUUAUCCAUAAUCGAAUUCUACAAUAAAACUGUUUCAACCAACUUUGUUAAAUCAUUAUACACCGAAGAGAUAAACUCAACCUCAGUCAUCAACUGGAAAUUAAUUGUUUAUUUACUUAGACUUGAUAUUGAGCUUGCUUUAGAGAAUGCCAACUAUAUUUCUCAACAAACGAAAGUGAUGAAAGAUUUAGAAGUUGUCAAUGAAAUCGGGAAAUGUUUACUCGAUGCUCAUGUCAAAAGUAGAGAUUUAAUCAAGUUUAUCAUGGAGAUAUGGCCGGAAAUGAUACGAUCAAAUCGUUUCUACGAAUCCAACCAGUUCGUAUCAGAAGUAUCGAAAACUAUAGAUGAUUUAUCUGCUCUGCAUUUGAUCAACCUUGUUACUUCAUUAUACAAAAUCGAAGAUAGAAACUCAUUACAACCAUUAUUAACUUCCGUGAUAAAGGGGGUCUUAUCUGGAUCAGUUGCCAAACAAGGACAAUUGAAAGAUACUUUGUUAUCACAUGCUGAAAUCAUAAAUACAGAUCUUGCAAUUUAUUGGCAGUUACGUUACUACUUAUUAUGUAUUUAUGGUAACGACUUUAUCACAGAUUUGAAAAAGUUUAAGAAGAAGGACAGUAAAUACUACUUUGAUUUUAUUUUCAGACUGAUUGAAGUAUCAGGAAACAUGGACAUCAUCAAAGGUGAAGAAAAGCAAGUCUUGAAAGCUAUUAAAAGCGAUAAAGAGCUGAUAUUAUUAUGCAUCAAAAGAUGGUUGAUAAUCAUAGAAACAUGUUUCAAUGAAACUCAAUUGCAUGCUUUCCUUGACAUUGUGUUUAAGGCUUUAGAACCUUCAGAAAUCAUAAGUUGUUUCGAACAAUACGGAGAUUUUAUUUUUGAAAGAACAACCUUUGUCUCAGCAUUGAUAAAAUAUUUAAACAGUGAAGUGAAAACUAGUCCAAAAAUUUCCAAGAUCGUUCAAUAUGUUCCAUUACAGGCCAUUGAUCGUCGUCAAAGAGUUUCCUUAAUAGAUAAUGUCUUCGACAUUAUUGUAUCAACCAAGGCCAAUACCAGUGUUACUGAAUAUUUUACCACCCUUGAGUAUCUCUUGUCACAACCAAGUUUUGGAUCUCAAAUAGAAAAGGAACAUGAAAGAAUAUUUGAAAUCCUUUCUGUCAAAGGAGCUGACAAAAAUCAAUCGGUUGUCAAUAUCAUUAAGAACAUUUGGAUACAUCAUUUAACUCAAUUGUCCCACGAUGAUAGUAAAACUUAUGUCACUGGCAUGUUAAAGAAGUUGAAUACCUACUUUUCAUCCAAGAAAGUAGCUUCAAAUAUUAAUAUCCCACAAUACGAAGUGGCGUACUUAAUCUUGUCAAACUCUCAAGGGAAGAGAAUUGAUGACGAGACUAUACAUUCAGUCCAAACUUUAAAAUUGAACGUAUUAAAAUCUUCGGGUUCUAGAAUAACGUCAAUAAUUAGCGGAAAGAAUUUAGACCUUGAUAAUAUUAACUGGUUGUUAAAAUCAUUUUUGUUGGUCAAUGCCAACGAUCAGGUCGAUUAUUUAAGUUUGAUAAAGAAGACCGGUGACAGCAUAAAGAAUACUGACACUUCAGCUGUCGCUAAUGAUAUUAGAAGAGUAUGCUUUACUUUAAUUGCUAAGAAUUUAGAGGUCAAAGGAGUUGAGGAUGUGUUCUAUGUUUUGGCCUUAUUUCUUUCAUUGAGAAGUCACUUUGAUUUAGAUUUGACUAAUGAAAUUAGUGACUAUGUUAAAGAAAUUUCACAACAAGAUGGUGAUAUUUUAACCACAGUAUUUUCAUACGUCUUAAUUAGUACUGCAGAAGCUGACAGUACCUAUAUUGGUGCCUGUGUUACCUUAUUAGGUGCCUUGAUUAAGAGUUUGAAUAAGGAUAUUACUGAUCAUCAUCGUUUAUUUAUUACCGCAAUAAGCACCAUCAUUUCCAAAGCUGAAAUUAUAUCAUUACAAUCUUCAUUGGACUUCUUAAGCAUCGUUAGAGAAGCUCUUGGUGACAAGGUUUGGUUAUUUAGUCAAAGUGCUUUAGAAAUAACUGUAACCUUUAUUGACAAAUGCUGUUUACUUUCAAGCAUCAGUUCUUCAGAUCUUUCUGUUGAUUUGUACAUAUUGGCAACUCAAGCAUUUUCACAUAUUUUACUUUAUCAUAGAUACAAAUUGACUUCCCGUCAUCAUAUUAUAAUCUCAUCUUGUUCAUACUUUUUAGAAUCAUUAUCUAACAAAAGAAAAGAAUCCCCAAUAUCUAGUAGCAAGCUUGCUGCACGUUCAUAUGCAAGAUUAUUAGAAAAUUUAUGUGAGCCAUCAAAGACUUCACUUAGCAUUAAAGAUAAGACCAAUUUGACAUCUUCUUCUGUAUUAGCCAAGAGAGUGCUUAGGAAACACUUACCUAUAUUAGUAGUCAAUUAUAUCUUCUUCAAUUUGAAAUAUAAUUUUGAGAGUUCAAUUAAUGACGAAAUAAUGCCAGGUAUAUAUAGUGCUUUCGAUGUACUUUCACAAGAAGAAAUCAGAUUAAUUAGUUCAUCUUUAGAUAUCCCAGGAAAAACAUUCUUGAGAUCCUUAUAUUCCAAUUACAAAGAUCAUGGUAAAUGGAAAGACAUUUAA